UGGGACGGUGGCGGUCGGAGGAGGAUGGGGGGCGGGCCCCCGCCGCCAUCAGUGCUGCUGCUGCUGCUGCCGGUCCUGUUCGUCCUCCUGGAGGCGUCUGGGAGCGGGCGGACAAUGCCCCCCCUCAGCGACGACAUCCCCUUCCGCCUCAACUGGCCCGGCACCCACCUCGCCCUGCCCACAACUGGUGUUUUGUAUAAGGAAGAUAAUUACGUCAUCAUGACAACUGCAGAUAAGGAAAAGUAUAAAUGCAUCCUUCCUCUGGUCACGAGCGGAGACGAGGAAGAAGAAAAGGACUACAAAGGACCCAGUCCAGGACAACUCCUUGACCCGCUGUUUAAACAGAGCAGUUGCUCUUAUAGGAUCGAAUCGUACUGGACCUACGAGGUAUGCCACGGGAAGCACAUUCGCCAGUACCACGAAGAGAAAGAAACCGGGCAGAAAAUAAGUAUUCAAGAGUAUUACCUCGGAAACAUGAUGAGGAAGAACCCAGCGUCUGAAACAGAACAGAUCGAGAAGGAACGUGAAAAGCCACACGAGAAUUACAGAGAGAUUCCCACGAAAAACAUCGAAGGCCAGAUGACUCCGUACUACCCAGUAGGGAUGGGGAACGGUACGCCUUGCAGCCUAAGGCAGAACCUGCCCAGGUCAAGUACCGUGAUGUACAUCUGUCACCCGGAAGCUAAACACGAGAUCCUCUCCGUGGCUGAAGUUACCACGUGCGAGUAUGAAGUUGUCAUAUUGACACCGCUGUUGUGCAAUCACCCCAAGUACAGGUUCAGAGUUUCCCCUGUGAAUGACAUAUUUUGUCAGUCGCUUCCAGGAUCACCGCUCAAACCCCACAACCUGAAACAGCUGGAGACGCAGCAAGAAAUGAUGAAGACGCCAUUUAGAAGAGCGAAGGAGGAGGAGCUGCACUCGGCCAAAGAAGAGAAGUUCUCCAUCCACAAACCGGUAGCCGUCGGCACGCAUCAACUGCUCACGGUUGGGACGACGCACAUCUCCAAGCUGACGGACGAGCAGCUCAUCAAGGAGUUCCUCAGCGGCUCGUACUGCUUCCACGGGGGCGUCGGCUGGUGGAAGUAUGAAUUCUGCUAUGGAAAAUACGUGCACCAAUACCACGAGGACAAGGAGCUGGGGAAGACGUCGGUGGUCGUGGGGACGUGGAACCGGGACGAGCACAUCGAGUGGGCCAAGAAGAACCCGGCUCGAGCCUACCAUCCCCGCGACGACGGUAUCCAGACCGUAAGAAUGGUGUCCCACUUCUACGGCAACGGUGACGUGUGUGACCUGACGGAGAAGCCGCGACAGGUGACGGUCAAACUGAAGUGCAAGGAGUCCGAGUCCCCCCACGCCGUCACCGUGUACAUGCUGGAGCCCCACUCGUGCCAGUACAUCCUCGGGGUGGAGUCUCCGGUGAUCUGUAAGAUCUUGGACACGGCCGACGAGAACGGGCUCCUCUCCAUCCCCAGCUGAGAGGCCAGCGGAGGAGGCCCGAAGCUCCCCGGGCGCCGCAGGACUGUAGGAAAGGACUCUCGACCACUUUGUGAAUACGUAUGUGUAUAUAAGAGGUUAUCGAUAAACUUAUAAAGCGGGA